UCCUCAUCGCCAUCGCUUUGCGAAGUCGAUUUUCAUACACAUUCAUUGUCGUCUCUCUUUUUACCAGUCCUUCUUUUUAUACCUCCCGGUGAGAGCAGCUAUCUUGAUCGAUACGUCUUAACUUCGUUUAUCACAAUUUUGUUCUCUCUACCAUUCACUUUCACUAAACAAUCAAACUCGACUUUUCGCAACCAGCAAAGAUGGGUAACAUGAGAUUUUCUCCCGCAAUUGCGGCUCUUAUGUCCGCCGCCACUGUCGCCGCCCACGGUCACGUCGACCACAUCGUCAUCGAUGGACUCUUCUACCAGGGCUACGACCCCACCAGUUUCCCGUACCAACAGAACCCUCCUACCGUCGUCGGCUGGGCCACUUCCCAGACCGACAACGGUUUCGUGGAGCCUAACAGCUUCGCUAGCGCAGAUAUUGUCUGCCACAAGUCCGCCACCCCCGCCGGCGGCCACGCUCAGGUCAAGGCCGGCGACAGCAUCAGUAUCUCCUGGAACACUUGGCCCGAGUCGCACAAGGGCCCCAUGAUCGACUACCUAGCCGCAUGCGACGGGUCCUGCGAGACGGUCGACAAGGAGUCGCUCGAGUUCUUCAAGAUCGACGAGGUCGGCCUCAUUGACGACUCGCAGCAAAACGGCUUCUGGGGCUCCGACGUACUCAUCCAGAACAACAACACCUGGCUCGUGCAAAUCCCCUCCAACAUUAAGGCCGGCAAUUACGUCCUGCGUCACGAGACCAUCGCUCUACACUCCGCUGGCCAGGCAAACGGCGCUCAGGCCUAUCCCCAAUGCAUCAAUCUUGAGAUCACGGGAGACGGUACCGAUGUCCCCGCCGGCACCCUAGGUACUAAGUUGUACACCCCCGAGGACCCCGGUAUCGUCGUCAACAUCUACACCACCGGUCUGAGUUACACAAUCCCGGGACCCGCUUUAAUCGCGGGUGCAUCCGCCUCCGUCGCACAAUCUUCAUCGGCAAUUACCGCCACGGCAAGCGCUACCGUCGGAAGUGGCGGCGCUGCUGGCCCCACUGCCCCGGCCGCUAGCACCACUGCGGCUGCAACCUCGGCUACUCAGACCAAUGCCGCUGCUUCUUCUCAACAGACGUCAACGGUUGUGGCUUCUACGCCGACAACCCUCGCUACUUCAACUAAAGCCGCGGACCCCACCACCCCGAGUGUCACGGCCACAGCUACCGCGACUGGUGGGGUCAGCGUUCAGAGCUUGUACGGCCAGUGCGGUGGUAGUAACUUUGCCGGCCCUACUGCUUGUGCCGAGGGCGCUUGCAAGUCUUGGAACCCUUACUAUUCGCAGUGCGUUUCUUCCGCUUAAGCUGUUCGGAGUUUGCCGUGAGUGUGUACCGAUUGAAUUCGACGAAGGGAACUAGACUCGACUUUCGAAAAUAGAUGUAGAGAUACGAAUUUGUGUGUAUAUAUGUAACACGAUCUGGCUUGGAUCUGUCUCGGUUCGGAUCGGAUUGUCUUAUUCUUGUAUUUAUGAUUGAUACGAU